GUUCUAUAAGUUUUGAGAAAAUUCACCCAAAAAAAAAAAAAAAGUUUUGAGAAAGUAAAAGAUUGAGAGGCAGGUAAGCCAGAGAGAAAAAAAUGAGAGCUCUGGGAAAUCUUGCAAUAACUUUCUCAAGCUUUCUGGGUCUGCUUUCUCUGUGGAUUAUCAUCAAAAUAAUUUACAAACUAUGGUGGCGUCCUACUCGCGUGCAGAAGUUGAUGCGUUCACGAGGAAUCAAAGGCCCUUCUUAUAGAUUCAUCCAUGGAAACACCAAAGAAAUUCUGAGCAUGAAAAACAAAGCUAUGGAAAAACCCAUGAGUUUAUCACACAACAUAUUUUCCAGAGUCCAGCCUCAUAUUGAUUCCUGGAUCAAAAUAUACGGAAAAAAUUAUCUACAAUGGUAUGGAACUGAAGCUCAGCUGGUUGUUACAGAACCAGAGUUGAUCAAAGAGAUACUCAAUAAUAAAGGUGACGCUUUUCCAAAAUUCGAGAUACAUCCUGUGCUUAAGAAGAUAAUAGGAGAUGGUCUUGUGAGCAGUGUAGGUGAGAAAUGGGCAAGACACAGAAAACUGUCCAAUCAUGCCUUUCAUGGAGAGAGUUUGAAAGGUAUGAGUUCUGCAAUGAUCACUAGUGUCGAGAUUAUGCUAGAAAGGUGGAAAUCAUACGAAGGUAAAGAGAUUGAAAUGUAUGAAGAAUUCAGAUUGUUGACUUCUGAUGUGAUUUCUAGAACAGCAUUUGGUAAUGAUUAUGAAAGAGGACAGAACAUUUUUGAGAUGCUGGUGAGGUUGGCCGAGUUAGUAUCCGAUAAUAUUUACAAACUUAGGUUUCCUGGCAUCAGCAAAUUCUUUAAAACUGAUUAUCAGAUUGAGCUAGACAUAAUUGAGUCAAAAGUGCGAAACAACAUUAUAGAGAUGAUCAAGGAAAAAGAAAGGAAGAUGAUGACUGGAAAAGAAGACAAUUCUGGGAGUGAUUUCCUUGGAUUACUUCUAAAGGCUCACCAUGAUGCCGACGACAGCCAAAGGAUUUCAAUAAACACUAUGAUUGAUGAGUGCAAAAAUUUUUAUUUUGCUGGCCAAGAACCCACUAAUUCUUUACUUGCUUGGGUUGUCUUACUUUUAGCAAUCCACACAGAUUGGCAAGAAGAACUUAGAAAGGAAGUGCUCACUUUAUUUGGGAAACAAAAUCCAAAUCCAGAUAGCUUUGCCAAACUGAAAAAGAUGGGCAUGGUUUUGAAUGAAACUCUAAGAUUAUAUCCUCCUGCAAUUACUGUAAAAAGAAAAGUUGAAAGGGAAGUCAGAGUGGGAGAGUAUAUUCUUCCUGGUAAUUUGAAUUUAUUUAUCUCAGCUUUACCAGUUCACCAUGAUCCUGAAAUCUGGGGAGAAGAUGUGCAUGAAUUCAAACCGGAGAGAUUCUCAGAAGGGGUUGCGGGAGCUACUAAGAACAACCCAGCUGCAUUUUUCCCAUUUGGAAUCGGACCACGAAAUUGUGUAGGAUCCAACUUUGCCAUCCUUGAAUCAAAGCUCGCUCUUUGCAUGAUGCUUCAACGCUACAGCUUCACUCUUUCUCCAACCUAUGUCCACAUGCCCUAUCAUCUUAUUACUACUCGUCCACGCCAUGGAAUUCAAGUAAUACUGCAACCACUCUGAAGACUAGACCUUAAUCUUGAUUAUUUAUUACAUAAAGGAUACCUUUGUAAACAAGUGCUAGGAGUUGCUAUUUUCUAUUGAAAGUUUUAGAUCGUAUUCAAAUAAUAACUAUUAAUUUACCUAAUGUAACAAAUCUAUAUAAAUUAAUUAUUGUCAUGUUUAGUUCAACUUGUUUUUG